CUGAAAAUAGGACAGUUUUUCUACGUCGAAUUGUUUGCUUUAAGAUAUUCAACAACUGGAGGUCGCAGGUUUUUUUAUAUACAGGAUUUAACCAUCAAGUGAACUCUGUAGCUGUUGAUUAGCCUAAAAAAAAAGACAUAUUUGUUAAAUUGAGGGCAAUUUUUUCCCUUUUUUUAACCCCCCACCCUCUCCCCCUCUCUCUAUCUCUCCCUCUCUCUCUCUCUCUCCUGUGCUCCUGGCUGCAUCAGGAGGUCUGGUAUAAAAAAGCCUGUCAAGCCCACAGUGGCCACUUUACUAUCAGUCAGGGAGGUCAGACAAGGAAGGAAGGGAAGCUCAGGGUGCGAGGAGACACACAGCGAGAAGCUCGACUGCAGUGUGUCGUGGUCGAGUUGGUCGUCUGGGUCGCUGCUGCCGCUGCCGCUGCCGCUGCUGCUGCUGGGAGACUUCCAGGGCUUCUUGAGCGGCUCUGAAGGAUGACCGCUGCACGGCUCGUUGCUGAAUCCCGGUGAACGAACGGCGUCUCAUGUCCAAACGGCGGAAGGAUGGCUCAUGGCAAAGUGACCAUCACGGUGGACGAGUACAGCUCCAACCCCACACAGGCCUUCACACACUACAACAUCAACCAGAGCCGCUUCCAACCUCCACAUGUCCACAUGGUGGACCCCAUUCCUUAUGACACUCCCAAGCCAGCAGGACACACCAGGUUUGUGUGCGUGUCAGACACACAUUCGCGUACAGACGGCAUCCAGAUGCCCUACGGCGACGUGCUGCUGCACAUGGGUGACUUCACCGAGCUGGGCCUGCCCUCCGAGGUUAAGAAGUUCAACGACUGGCUAGGUGGCCUCCCGUACGAGUUUAAGGUGGUGAUCGCCGGGAACCACGAGCUGACCUUUGAUAAGGACUUUAUGGCCGAGCUGGUCAAGCAGGAUUACUACCGUUUCCCCUCAGUCUCCAAACUCAAACCAGAGGACUUUGACAAUGUCCAGACGCUCCUCACAAACUGUGUGUACCUGCAGGACUCAGACGUCACCAUAAAGGGAUUCCGGAUAUACGGGGCGCCAUGGUAAGAGCACCAACCGCUUUCU